CUCUCUCUGGAUAAGUUACAGUGUAGAGUUUGAGGGAGGAUGUAGUCAAAGCCACAAUGGGCCAACAGAAUGGAGUAUAACAUAGAUUUUUAUAAGCAUUUUGCCUGGCUGAAAAAGGUAAACCAGCAGUCCCCUGUGAACGGCGAGACUAACCAAGAACGAUUGACACGCUUAGAGGGAGACAAAGAGUCCCUUGUCCUCCAGGUGAGCGUUCUGACGGACCAGGUGGAAGCUCAGGGAGUAAAGAUCAGUGAUCUGGAAAGUUCUCUGGAGGAACAUCAACACAAGCUCAACUCUACAGAAGAGAUGCUGCAGCAGGAGCUCCUUAGCAGGACGUCACUGGAGAGUCAGAAGUUGAAUCUGAUGGGAGAGGUGUCCUACCUGAAACUGAAGCUGGUGGACAUGGAGGAGAAACAGUUUCAUGGAGUAGAGAGGCAGCACAAAGCAGAGAGUGUCGUAAACUUGAUUAGUGAGCUGCAGGAGCAGAUGUGUAGGUUUCAGCAGGAGAUCAAUUGCAGGAUCCGGGAGAAAACAGGGCAGGCUGACAGCAGCCUACAGAAGGCCUGCGACACUUGGUCCACGGAUGCCCAAAACCCAGACCAGGGGCUCGCCUGUGAUGGUAGCCCAGAGGAGGUACACGACAGUGGGCUGGAGGAGCCUCCUGACGUGAUCCCAUUCUCAGGUGUGGAGAAUAGCUCCAGUACUUCUGAGGAGCAGUGCUGCUGUGGAAGCGAGAGUGUCAAACUUCAAGAGCUCAGACUUCUCAAGGAGAAAGUAGACUAUCUUGAAGACCAGAAGUCCCAGUAUGAGAGGAGACUCAAAGCAACAAUGGCAGAGCUAUCAGACCUACAGCAGCUCCUGCUCAGUAAGAAUGCUGAGAUAGACAGCCUGCACACACAGCUCUUGGCCAGACCACUGUCCACUGAGACCUCGGAGAGAGAGGAUAUGUACAGGAGAAGGCUCAACAACAAGCACCAGGAGCUCCAAAGGUUAAAGACUGGGAUGGAGAUGCUGCUGGUUUCCAAUGAUGAAAAGGACCGGCGUAUUGAGGAGCUCACACUGCUCUUAGUCCAGUGCAGACAGUUCAGAGAUGUUGCGACUCCAAGACAAGCUCCACCCACUAUCCUCUCAAUAUCCAAUGAGAGUACUCAAUCGAGCAGCAGUGAGGAACGGGAGCAUGGAGUGGUGAUGAGGACAGUUCCUUCCAGUGUACUCCCAGAGAACAAAAAGACUGAGAUGUCCUUCAGCAGUUCAUCCCCACAGCUCGUGUCCCAUCUGCCAGCCCAGAAGGAAAGAGAACUCUGGACACAUCCCCGACUUUUAUCAAGCAGUAUGGACAACCUACAGAAUGGAUCUGCAUUGAAGCAUGUAGUGGUGAUUCCUGUAGAGGCUGAAGUGUCUACUGAGAAUAGGCCUGUAGAUAACCGAUGCCAAACCCUGCCGGUGAAGGCCUCCUUCCCAGAGCAUAAUGGAGAGGGAGAGUGCAGUGAGACACAGAGCCAGAGGUCUCCAGAGGGGAGUGAAGACGGAGACUCAAGAAAGACAGAGAAAAUGGACGACACCUCAUCCUCUGAUCUUUCACCCCAGUCUUCAGGGGCGGAUUCAGGUCAACGGACUAUUGGCUCACCAGAACACUUGAAGAACAAUAACAGUAUCAGAAAGCUCUGGGGAAAGAUCAGGCGGACCCAGUCAGGGGGUCUGCAUGGGGAGGACCUGGAAUCAAACCAGUUUAGGAGAGGGGGGCUGCGUGCCACAGCGGGGCCAAGACUGACCCGGACCCCUGAGUCUGGCAGCACUGUUCGGGAUAUGAACACACCAUUCAGCCAGUGGACCAGAGAGCAGGUGUGUGGUUGGCUGGAGGAUUAUGGUCUAGGCCAGUACGUCAACCUGACCCGGCAGUGGGUCGACAACGGACAGACGCUCCUGUCCGCAAGGCCACAGGACUUUGAGAAGGAAAUGGGUAUCAAUCACCCGCUACACAGGAAGAAAUUACAGCUGGCUCUAAGGGGGUUCAGUACUAAAGCCCUGGAGAAGUCCUCUGAGCUGGACCACAUCUGGGUUACACGAUGGUUGGAUGACAUAGGUCUUCCUCAGUACAAGGACCAGUUCCACGAGGGGCGAGUGGAUGGCAGGAUGCUCCAGUAUCUCACCGUGAAUGACCUGCUUUUCCUGAAGGUGACCAGUCAGCUUCAUCACCUCAGUAUAAAGUGUGCUAUCCACGUCCUCCACGUCAACAAGUUCAACCCCCACUGCCUCCGACGCAGGCCUGGAGAGGAGAGGAACCCCUCUCCCUCAGAGGUGAUCCAAUGGUCCAACCAUCGUGUGAUGGAGUGGCUUCGGGCGGUGGACCUGGCUGAGUAUGCACCCAACCUACGGGGCAGUGGGGUCCAUGGAGGUCUCAUUAUUCUGGAGUUGCGGUUCAGCUCUGAGACCCUGGCCAUGUUGCUGAACAUCCCCCCUCAGAAGACCCUGCUCCGCCGCCACCUGGCCACCGCCUUCACCACCCUGGUGGGGACGCAGGCCUCUCUGGAGAAACGGGAGUAUGCCAAUGCCACCGGCCAUGCACCCCUCACUACCGCCGCCAAAGUCCGGCCCAAGAAGCUUGGUUUCACCCACUUCAGUCACCUGAGGAAGAGGAGGCCGGAUGACUUGGCGGACUACAUCUGCCCGAUAGACAGUGGGGGCCUUUCAGCCAUGAAUGGGGUUUCCCACCGGCCGUACGCAGGGGUCCGAGGCCUUAGCCCCAUCCUGGACAGAGAGCCAGAGAGGCGGGAGCAGGUGGGGCCCAAAAGCUGACACUGACACUCCCCUCAGCCAAUGACUGCAAAUCUUAUGGCUUUUAACCCUGCCCCACAUGUCUAUGUAAACACGCCCCCGUUCUCCCUGAAUCAAGGUGCUGAUUUUGUGAUUCGGGGAAAAUUCUAACGCAUCGAUUUUAUCACCAAAUGGUUAUUUGCUGGACAAGCUACAGUGUGUGUGCAUAUAAUGAUGUGGAUGUACUCAUUGGUUAUUAUCUGGACAUCCUGUAUGAUAAUUAGCUGGAUUUACUUAUUUACUGGAUAUGCUUAUCAAGUAAUUGACCUGGAUAUGUUGAAAUCAUGACUGACCUGACCGGCUAAAUGAGGAUUCAUAAUGUUACGGUUGUAUAAUGGUUCCCUUUGAAAACCGCUCUCUGCAUUCCUGGAUAAAUGAGAUGGAUUCAACUUUCCCAUCUUCUGCCAUUGCUUCAGAACAUGACCCCUAUGUGUUACUGACCAUUGUAGCCUUCCUCCUUACCUUGCUGGAUUUAGGGUAGCUUAGCUAUCAACUGCCUUUCUUGAGUUAUGGUACAAUGUACAAAAUGAAUACCAAUUAUAUAAGCUUGUUUGAUUUAUUUUGUGUUAUAUUUAAUAACUGUAAAAAUUCACAAAAUACAAGGUGCUGUCAUAAUUCAGGUUUGCACACAAUAUCCAACUCGGUUAGCCUAUAAUUAUAUAUUGAAAAUAAAAAUGAGCAGGUUCUUGCUUUUUGUAUGCUGCAUGUUUGAUAGUGUAGUUAAUUUGAAUUGUAGUCCUAAAUGCAUUAUUUAUAGUGGUGAAAGAUGAUAGGGGUACUGGUCAAACUGAACAAUGUUGACUCUUUGAAGCAAAGUGCUCUUGCUGACUCCACUAUAACACACAUCAUGGAUUAUAGACCAUCAUAAUGCUACAGCGGCUUCAAACAAUUAUUCCACCAAUGCACACCUAAAUGUACAGCAUUGUUACAUGUAUACUAUCAUGUGACUGGUAAGCCAUGAAUGCUGAAGUUUUCAGAUUGCUGAUUAAUGGCAUACACUUCCAUCAGGCAUACACUGAGGACAGUUCUGUCUCCAGCUCAGACUGAGAACAACCUGGUGAGUUUUAGCAUUGUUUUUCAGAGAACUGAAGAUAUGUAAUUUAUCAUACAGUAUGUCAUUUUCCCUCAUGGUGUGUGUGAUGCUAUGGCUCAAGUUACAAUGCUACAGUAGGUGGAGUAUAAUUCCGUAUGUUGGACUACUGUUGCAUACCAUGCUCCUCUCCAUAUUGUUGCAACAUUAUGGUCUUCAUUGUAUCCUCAGGUCCAUCAUUAAAGUCAUGCGUCUGUAUAGUCUA